AUAAGUUAUAGAGAUUUUCAUUCAAGCAAAUUUUGCACCCAGAUCAAGAAAACGCUUGACCCGGAAGUAGUUGAAUAAUCUCAAUUUUGUAAGCAAAAAGAAAGUAAAAAUGCGAAUUCUCGUAAAAGUACUCAAAGGGUCUGAAUGUGCAGUUUCGAUAUCAAGCGGAGCAAGUAUUAUGGAUAUAAAACAACAACUUCAAAGUCAAGUUUCUAUUCCAGUAGACCAGCAGAAACUUAUAUAUCAAGGCAAAGCUUUGUUAGAUGAAAAGACUAUUGAACACUACAAGAUAGGAGAUGGUGCCAAACUUUUUCUUAUGUUGAAGAAACCAGGUGCUGGGGCCACACCUGCCACAUCUUCUUCUACACCCUCCCAAACACCUAUCAAAUCUCCAGAUGUUGCCCCUAUGGCGGUUGAUACUCCUCAGGAGGAAGAGUUUACAUUGCCGGAUGAUCCAUCAGGGUUUUGGAAAAAACUUUCUGACUUUUUAAAAAGACACUUUACUGAUAAGGAUGCAAUUAAAGUUUUAAAAGAAUUUAAAAAGAAUCAUGACAGAGGGUUAAACAGUCUCAGUUUAGAUGAUAUAGAACGACUGGCUGCAAACAAGUUAAGGAAUGAGGACAAACUAUACCAUUCUCUCAGAUCCUGAUAAAUAUUGACAAUAGUAACUUAAUUGUAAAAUGUUCUUACUAAAAGUUCAAGGUCAGCUUGAUUUCUGCCAUUCUUGAAAUUUUUGUUGACAUGAGUUGUAUAUUUAUAAAGUAUGUCUUAAAUACAAUUACAGGUGAAAAAAAAUCUGAUGUGUGGGUUUUUCUACAUCAGAUUUUAUUUUUUAAUGGUGAUAAUGUAAUUUUGAUUAAAAAGAAAAACGUUCACAGCAUUUUUUUUCAGUAUAUUGCUUGAGGUAAUGGUAAACAUAUAUGAAUCAAAGGUGUCUUCAGACAAUUUUUUGUGUGCUGAAAAUGUUUAUACUGAAUAGAUGUAUGCAUUAAAUUUAAAGGAAAAGCAAGAUAAAUAUUGAAUAAGCAGUUCAGAUGUUGAUAAACUGAUAUGCGCUAUUAUAGUUUUUAAAGGUACAGUAAUAUAAAUUGCUGAACCUCAGUUAUAACAUGAGUAAAAAAGUGAUACUUCUAUACUGAAGUGUAGCAUUUUGAUGGAUGUUGAAUGUCAUUUGUGUAAAUAAAUAUAAAAUUUUAUCUGAUAAA